UGAGAGAUGCUGAAAAAAUCUUGCAUUUCGUCCGACGUACACAAGCCAAUCAAAGCUGAAAAUGGCCAUGGGAGAGGAGAAGGUGAAAAGCGAAGCCUUGCAGGUAAUAGGAAUGUUUCAAAUCUUACCCAGAUUGGUCGUCUUCGAUCUCGAUUACACCCUCUGGCCUUUUUAUUGUGAAUGUCGCUCAAAACGUGAAAUGCCAUCUCUGUAUCCCCAUGCUAAAGGCAUAUUAUAUGCACUCAAAGAGAAGGGAAUUGAUGUAGCUAUUGCUUCACGAUCACCAACCCCGGAUAUUGCAAAGACAUUUCUUGAAAAGUUGAGCAUAAAAUCGAUGUUUGCAGCUCAGGAGAUAUUUUCCAGUUGGACUCACAAGACCGAACAUUUCCAGAGGAUUCAUUCAAGGACUGGUGUACCCUACAACUCAAUGCUGUUUUUUGAUGAUGAGGACAGAAACAUCCAAACGGUUUCAAAAAUGGGAGUAACGAGCAUUCUAGUUGGUAAGGGGGUCAAUCUUGGAGCAUUGAGACAGGGACAGGGGCUUACAGAAUUCACUCAAAAUGUCACUACAUCAGAGAAGAACAAGCAAAAAUGGCUGAAAUUUUCAAAAAAUUCAUCUGAGAAGAAAGAGAAAGAUUGAAAGAAUAAAGAUUUAAGACAUUGGAAGUAUAGGACUUUUUUCAACCAUAUUACGUUGUAUAUCAGAAUUUAUUGUACCAAAUAUACCUGCUUUUUUCAUCUGAUAUCACUCAUUCUCUUUUCCAGAUAGUAUCCCCAUACUCCCUAUACAUUUGUUUACAGUAUGCAUUUGAUUACACUUCAUAUGACUUACUAAACGGACUCUAGGGGGCUGAGAGCUUAUAUCUGAUAGCUGAUUUGCAUCCAACCGCUAGGCUUGAGGUGUUGGGUAAAGCUUUGAUAGUAGCCCCCAAUUACAAUUGGAUGCUAUUUGUUUUGUAUUUAUAUUAUAUUUCAGACUUUAUAUAAUUACUGAUAAAUCA